AUGGAAUUGUUUAUUUGUCUGUUCUCUGCAAAACGGCUAGCACACAUCGACCUGAAGAGUAGCGAGUGUUUUGACUGUAACGACCUCUUCGGCAACGGCCUGUUCCAGAAGGGCAUCGCCUUCGUCACCGUGGUCAGCGUGCUAGCCGUCCACUGUCAUACGCAGACGUUCACGCUCGUCGCUGGGGACGUGGACCACUGGUGUCGGAAGCCCGCCGAUGUCAACAUGUCUAUGGACGCCUGGAAGAACGCCACCGUGCCCUUGGAACCAGAUGGGCGGUUCAGCCGCUGCAGCGUCUACGACAGGCACGGCGAUCCCAACAGCACCCAAACGGUCCAGUGUUUCGAGUGGGACUACGACCCGGAAAGAGCGGACGAGACCCUAGUGAGCCGCUGGAACUUGGUGUGCCACAGGCGCCCCCUAGUCGGCGUUGCCAACGCUGUCUACAGCGCAGGUGCCUUGGUCGGCAUGUUUGGGGCGGCCUACAUGGCUGCACAUAUUGGGCGCAAGCUCGUCGUCCUGUCGUCCACCACCGCCUUGCUAAUCGGAACCAUAGGGAUUACUUUCGCAGAAACUUACGUAAUGUAUGUGACGACGCGGUUCGUCAACUCGGCAGCCGUGACCACCGUCGCCGUUACCUCAAUCACCCUCCUGAUCGAAGUGUCGCCGGACGACCGCAGAGUACUGUAUUCCAGUGUUUCUGUGGGCAUGGGACUGACGCUUGCCGAUUUUUGGUUCGACACGCUAAAGCAAGUGCACACGAGCUGGCGUCUGCUGCAAGCUUCCAUGUUGGUGCCGACUGUGUUCCUGACAAGCGCCUUGUUUCUGGUCGAGGAGUCUCCACGAUGGCUAGUCUUCAAGCGCAAGCUCAAAGCUGCCGAAGCCGUGAUGUUAGCGGCAGCGAAGACCAAUGGUUUCUCCCUCCCCACCACGGCGGCCAUGAUGGUGAAGAUCACGGACGAGAUAUUCAGGAACCAGGAAGCGUUGCAGGCACGAACACCAUUGGAUCCCGUUUUCAACGUCCACCGCAGCUUGUUCAUCAUGACCAUCUGCCACAUGUCUGUCACAUUCGCUUUCUACACCGUCCUGAAAUCAUCGGCGCUAAAGGGCGACGCUUGGGUACGCUGGAAUGCUUUGGUCUUCCAAGCUCUAUCCUACUAUCUUAUGACGUGGACGAUCAAGCGGUUCACUCGGCGGCAGGUCAUCACUGCCUACUUUUUGGCUCUGGGCGGUAUCGGUCUCUUCAUGAGUGCCAGUGUAAGCGUGGAUUUUGCACCGUCACUACUUAGCCAGUUAUGCUACGCUGCCGCCAGAGGUUGCGCUUUCGUGGCGAUCGCGGUGAACUUGUGCUACGCUGCGGAACUAUUCCCGACACCAUUGCGCAGCGCGGCGGUGUGCUGGAUCUUCGCGUGCGGCCGAGUAAGCGCUGUGACGACAUCUUUACUGUCGGCCCUCCAUGACGUUGGCCUGGAGGACGUCGAACUAGUCAUUAUGGCCGCUUUAGCUUUCGCAUCAGCCAUAGCGUUUCAGCACCUUCCAGAGGACUCUAGUGCUGUAUCCAUUAGCGGGACGUCACUCCUGAGGUCCAUCAAAGGGUCAAGCGCGGAAAAGCUAGACCUGGGCUACAUGCAGACGACACUGCAAUCUGCGCAAUGUGCGAAAAAGAAAAAGGUUGGUAAGCAGAAACCCAUCCGAUCUUUAAGCAGCCCAUGAAGGUCUGUCUACGUGUCUUACCGCCCCAACCACACCUGCGAACUUUACAACGUCGGUAGCUUUAAAAUAGCGCAAUGACAAUGCGAAUUAAUCUUGUAGUCUAUCUCCGUUUUGCAUCUGCAUACAUGCAUUUGAUAAACUGGUAAGACUGGACGCGCUCGCUUUUCCAA